AUGCAUGCCUCUCAGGACGGGCAUCGACUUUCAAAGCCGAAUUUCGAACAGCGCCCGCCGCAGUCCAUAGGGGAAGAGUCGUCGCAUUCGUACCUCCGACCGGACCCCUUGCGGAUUCACAAGGCUCACUCUAGCCCGUUACCAGGUGUUUUCUCCAAUGUCGAGUUUGCCCACGACAAUGCCCGCAGCAAGAACCACCUACCUUACACAGCUACUUCACAAGGGGAAUCUAGCCAUAGACAGGAGGGCCUAGGCAACGGUGCCAACUUCACCUCGUUAGAAGAGUCAGUAAGCCGUUGGAUUCGACAUGGAAGUCCCAGGAGUCGUCUGGCUGUAGACGAUGACAGCCAUAACGCAAGCUCGUGGCGUAGCAUGGACAAUACCGAUCAAGAUGCUAGAGGCCUGUCGUCAUCUAACUACCACCACCCGCGACAGCACUGGCAAUACCAAACCAGGGAAGAUUCGAGGUCCGAGGACCCAAACUGGAAAGGAAAGGGUGUAAUGCCAGUGGGAGAAGACGAGCCGCAGCCAUUCCAGCCUCCUCUCGGAUCCCACGGAGACAGGCCACUGACAGAACAGCAGGAUGUGUAUCUGUUUGGAAGCAGCGCAGAGGGUGCAUACCGCCGAACUAAUAUUGAUUCACCUGAUACGGGAAUAGUACAAGCUCGGAAUCUUGGGGUCGAACAGAGGUUCCAGGAUAUGUCUAUAGAUCACCAUUCAAUGGCGCCUGAUCAGACUCCUGUUGCAUAUGGGUUGCCUCCGCUAGGUGGAGAUAAUGCUGCCAUGCAAACUGACCUAGAAAGCGAGAAUAAUCUUAAUAAAACAGAGAAAAAGCUGAGUGUAUUGGACUUGGUUUCCGGACUAAGGAAUGGACAAUAG